AUGGCCAAAAAUACGUCAAGUUCUGCAUUCCGUAAAAUAGAUAUCGAUCAAUAUAAUGAAGAUAACUUUAAGGAUGAUGAAGCGGAACAAGCUAUACCAACAGGACCUGAUGAAGGAGAAGAUAAUGCUCUGGCAUUGACUUUAAAAGUGCUCCUUGCAAUUAAAUCGGCUCAGAUUGAAGAAGUAAUUGGCAAUCUUUCAAGGGAUGAUAUUGAUGUUCUUAUGAAGUAUAUUUAUAGAGGGUUUGAGUAUCCAUCAGAAGGUUCCAGUGGACAUCUUCUAUUAUGGCAUGAAAAAGCAUACAGCAUUGGUGGUACAGGAUCUAUUAAACUAAUACUACUGGUCUCCUGCAUAUACUCCGCCGUCGCGUCCCACCACCAGUCGCAUAUUAUCCCUGUGGAAGGCUAUGAAACCGAACUUCAAGAUCUAGGUCAGCAUGUAGAGAUACCCGAAACACCAGUAAAAGUUAUUAAAAUAACUAAAACUAUCGCAGUGAAAGUGCCUGUGCCAUACCCCGUGAAAGUCAGGGAAAAGGUGCCCUACCCCGUACAAGUCGCCAAACCCUACCCCGUGCCCGUUCCGCAAAUCAUCAAAGUGCCACACAUAGUAACACCGACCAAAUCCGGCCAUAACGACGAAGGAGGCUACGGAAACGGUCAAUUCAACACCCACCGUCUUGGGCAAGAGGGUAGCACGUACCAAGUACAAGAGCCACAUUCAGAAGGACAAUCCUUUGGUCAGGAGGGCCAGUCUUUUGGUGGCGAUAGUUCGGUACAUGGCCAAAAUUUCGGUGAAGGCUCCUCAUAUGAAGAUUCUCCAGGUAGUUCUUAUGAUGCCCCUAUCAGUUAUGAAGGAUAUUCCGGUCUCACCGAUGGUGCCGCUCAAGAAUCUGAUGAAUCGCAAAGUUACGAUCAAGCCCUCCAAGACUACUUUAACAAACAGAAAACCAACGGCUACCAGGGUGGGUCAAGCUAUCAUUAA